AUGCUCCCAAGGAACUACACAAGUGUGUCAGAGUUUGUGAUCGUGGGAUUCCCGGGGCUCCAUCCAUCCUUCAACCAGCUGGUGGCCUGGUUCUUCUUCUUCAUCUAUGUGACCACGGUGGUGGGGAACAUCCUGCUGGUGGUGCUGUUUGCCCUGGAGCGCAGCCUGCAGAAACCCAUGUACAUCAUCAUGCUCAGCUUAUCCUGUUCAAAUGUGUGCUUCUGCACGGUGUCCCUUCCCAAAGUGAUAGCUCGGUACUGGUGGGACGACGCUGGCAUCUCUUUCUAUCUGUGUCUGAUACAGAAACAAUUCAUCCACUACUUUGGAGCGCUCACCUCUCUCAUCAUGAUGACCAUGGCUAUGGACAAAUACCUGGCUAUCUGCUUCCCUCUCAGGUACACAGAGCUGAUGACCAACAGGACCAUGUCUCUCCUAACAGCACUGUCCUGGGUGUCAGCCAUGAUAUCUCCAGCCAUCACCACCAUCCAGUCAUCCCAGAUGCCUUUCUGUGGGCCCAACCGCAUCAUCCACUGCUACUGCGACUCCACAUCUUCACAGUCAAGUAUCUUCUCACUAGCCAUGUGCGUGCCUCUUCUCCCCUUUGGCUUCAUCGUCUUCUCCUACGUCAACAUCAUCGUCACCGUGAUGCGCAUGGCUAACACAGGUCAAAUUCUGGAGAGUCGGUGGAAGACCUUCUCCACCUGUAGUUCCCAGCUGUGUAUCAUCUCUCUGUACUACGUCCCCCGGUGCUGUGUCUAUACCAGCAGCAUCCUCAACUUCUCCAUCAGCCAGGAUUUUUUUUUUUGCCUAAUCUUAUUCUACAGUCUGCUGCCGCCCCUCCUCAACCCCUUCAUCUACUGCCUCCGUACCAAGGAGAUCAAGGCUUCCCUGGCCAAGUGGGCCUACMGAGKGCAGUCCAACGCACAUCACAAACCCUCCAUCCACCCCAUAGCCUGCUGA